GCGCCCCGAGUCCUUGGCAUUGUGGAGGAAGCUUUUGGCGGAGGUGAAAGCUCCCGGCGGCGGGGUCAUCCAAGAGAAAAAUGCAGAGCUGGAGCCGGGUGUCCUGCGCCCUGGCCAAGAGAGGCCAUUUCAGUCGAAUGCCUCAUGGCCUACAGGGUAUUUCUGCAGUUCCUUUGAGGACUUAUGCAGAUCAACCAAUUGAUGCUGAUGUCACAGUUGUAGGUGCUGGUCCUGGAGGAUAUGUUGCUGCUAUUAAAGCUGCUCAACUGGGCUUUAAGACAGUCUGUGUUGAAAAAAAUGAAACACUUGGUGGAACCUGUUUAAAUGUUGGCUGUAUUCCUUCUAAGGCUUUAUUGAAUAACUCACAUUUUUAUCAUUUGGCUCAUAAAGAUUUUGCCUCUAGAGGAAUUGAAAUUUCAGAAAUCCGCUUGAAUUUAGAGAAGAUGAUGGAGCAAAAGAAUUCUGCAGUAAAGGCUUUAACUGGUGGAAUUGCUCACUUAUUUAAGCAAAAUAAGGUCACCCGUGUGGAUGGAUACGGAAAGAUAACAGGCAAAAAUCAGGUCAUGGCAGCAAAGUCUGAUGGCAGCUCUCAGGUUAUCAAUACAAAAAACAUUCUCAUAGCCACGGGUUCAGAGGUUACUCCCUUCCCUGGAAUCACGAUUGAUGAAGAAUCAAUUGUAUCAUCUACAGGUGCUUUAUGCUUAAAAAAAGUUCCAGAAAAGAUGGUUGUCAUUGGUGCAGGAGUAAUAGGUGUGGAAUUGGGUUCAGUAUGGCAACGACUUGGUGCAGAUGUGACAGCAAUCGAGUUCUUAGGUCACGUUGGUGGUAUGGGAAUUGACAUGGAGAUUUCUAAAAAUUUUCAGCGAAUCCUUCAGAAACAGGGAUUUAAGUUUAAACUAAAUACCAAAGUUACUGGGGCUACCAAGAAACCAGAUGGAAAAAUUGAUGUUGCAGUGGAAGCUGCUUCUGGUGGAAAAGCUGAAGUUCUCACUUGUGAUGUACUCUUGGUUUGUGUUGGCCGACGACCCUUCACCAAAAAUUUGGGACUGGAAGAACUUGGAAUUGACCUGGAUCCCAAAGGUAGAAUCCCAGUCAAUUCCAGAUUCCAAACCAAAAUUCCAAAUAUCUUUGCUAUUGGAGAUGUAAUUGCUGGUCCCAUGUUAGCUCACAAAGCAGAAGAUGAAGGUAUUAUCUGUGUUGAAGGAAUGGCCGGGGGCGCUGUACAUAUCGACUACAAUUGUGUGCCUUCAGUAAUCUAUACACAUCCUGAAGUUGCAUGGGUUGGUAAAUCAGAAGAGCAAUUGAAAGAAGAGGGCAUUGAGUACAAAAUUGGAAAGUUUCCUUUUGUUGCCAAUAGCAGAGCUAAGACUAAUGCUGACACAGAUGGCAUGGUGAAGAUCCUUGGUCAGAAAUCAACAGACAGAAUACUGGGAGCUCAUAUUCUAGGAGCAGGUGCUGGAGAAAUGGUAAAUGAAGCUGCCCUUGCCUUGGAGUAUGGAGCAUCCUGUGAAGAUGUUGCAAGAGUUUGUCAUGCCCAUCCGACUGUAUCAGAAGCUUUCAGGGAAGCAAACCUAGCUGCAUCUUUUGGCAAAGCAAUCAACUUUUAAAAUGAAAUGAUAUAUACUUUUCUUCUGAAAUAUCUGAAAGAUUUUUGUGGAGGGCUUCUAAUGUGGAAGGCUCACAGUUCUGAGACUAAGACUGAAUUAAGUAAUGUUUUUGUUCAGACAGCAAAUAUUUAAUAAACAAGUUUGGAUGAAGCCGAAUGAUCCAGCAGCUAUAUAUUAAAUAAAUUUAACAAUCA